AUGCCGUGCCUCUACUGCGAGUUUACUGGGACAGUUGUCGCUAGCGACCGCGUCCUCCGGCGCUGUUUCGAGCGGUUCCAAUUGAAAGAAAUAUUUUUAUCGUUCAAUGGUGGCAAAGAUUGCACAGCACUACUCGACAUAACAAUAAACAUCCUACAGGACAUUUACAAACGUAAAGACAUAGCGAAAGAUCUCAAAAUCGUGUACAUACGAACAAAAGGGCCGUUUAAAGAAAUUGAAGAAUUCGUAAAACUAGUUGAAAAACAUUAUGAUGCUAAAUUAAUGGUUAGCUGCGGAGAUAUGAAAGAAACUUUACAAAGGAUCCUAGAUCUAGAUGGAAAUUUACAAGCGUGUCUUAUGGGAACGAGGCGAACAGACCCGUAUUGCCAAGAUCUGAAAUUUAUGCAGAAAACAGAUCCGAAUUGGCCUCAAAUUAUCCGCGUGUCGCCCCUUCUCAACUGGUCUUAUCAUCAAAUAUGGAGUUACAUCCUGCAGAGAAAAGUGCCUUACUGCUGCCUUUACAGUAUAGGGUACACAUCAAUAGGCAGUACACAAAACACGUUACCAAACCCGUACCUGGAGCACAAACACUCCAGUGGUACUAAGCUCUACCAUCCCGCAUGGUUUCUCGCAGAUGGCUCCCUAGAGCGGGCCGGUCGCUCCACUCUCUCACACCAAACGACCAAUGGACACGCAAAUGAUCAAAAUAUCAAUGCCUGUGAUUUAUGCGUUAGUACAAAUGGUGUUUGACGGAACUGUACAUAGUAGUAGUCAUUAGUAGGAGUAAAAUUUUCGACCGAAUGCAACUGUGAUUUUUAAACUGCGUUUAGAUGAGUUGAUUAAUUGCUUGCACCAUGCACCUAUUCAGGGAAGUCAGAUUGAAAGAAAAUCUGACAAAGAAAAUAAUAGUAAAAUAACAAAUCGUAAUCGUAACAAAGACGUAAGAAUAUGGGUAACUUUUCGAAAAAAUCAAAUAAUAGAAAUUUUUCAGAAGAAAUUCUGGAAAAUUAGAAAAAAGUAAUAAUGCCAAGACACAUAUUAUGCUCCUUAGCAUUUACAUAUAUCUUUUAAAGUUUUAUUUAUUAGCAUAAAUUAGGAAAUAAAAUUUCAUAAACGUUAAUAUGUAAUUUUUUGAAAAUUACAUUUGGCCCUGUUUUGCUUAUUUCCACAAAUUCUCAUAAUAGAGUUCAGUAUCUUCAAUUUUGACAGGUAUCACUGUCAUAUGCGGAAAAAUAUGGGAAAAAAAAGAUUUAUUUUUUUUAAAUAGAAAUUUGUCCAUGACCCAACACUACGUGCUAUUGAACUACCAACUCCGUUACAAUAUAAAAAUAAAUUAAUCGACUUGUUAAAACGUGAAAAUAAACAUUGCCUUACUUACUUAAUAAUAAAGCUAAGUAUUAGACAAUAAAUAGAAUGUGGACAUAGUUCACAUAUAAAAAAAAUAUUAACUUGGAAUCUUCAAAUAUUACCAAGUCACGUGGUAUAUAAAUAUACGGUACAUAUAAAAUGGCAAGUGUAAUGUCAUGCUACAAGCCACACAAAAACAAUCUUAUUGUCCUCUUGAGAAUAAAUGGACUAAUUUCACGGUCUACAUAUAUUGUGAUGUUAUAGAAUUCAUUUUCGUUCACAUUAUAAUUUACAUAAUUUUAAAUCGUGCGUGAUAUUGAUAUCGAAGCCGUUUUCGCAAGUGUAAAUAACUCUUGCUUCUUGAGUAUUCUCGAGUAAAUUGUAUGGCUUCAAUGAAAUUAUUUACCACCAUGACUGUUGUCACACAGUAAUUUUAAUUAGUAAGUGUAUUUACACUUGAGUAAAAAAUCUGUAGUGAUAAUUACCUGUUCUUACCUACUUAUAGGUACAAAA